CCGCAGUAGACAGGCCGUCAUAAGCAGAGAGAAGAAGAACAAAGCAAAUCUAGUGUGUACCUGCAGCAGUCAGCUUGAGCUUUGAAUGAAUUGUAUUUUAUUAACUUAAUGUAGCACCUGACCUGUUAAUUUUGUUGUGUUUUGACAAGUGGACCUCUUCUGAUGGUGUAGCGUUGCCAAGCUUUCCCACCAGCAUGUCUGUUUCCGUUAUUAUAAAGUGGGGUGGACAGGAGUACUCCAUUAGCACACUGUCUGAGGAGGACACCGUGUUGGAUCUGAAACAGUCCAUUAAAUCUCUCACAGGAGUUCUCCCAGAACGACAGAAGCUAUUGGGAUUGAAAGUGAAAGGUAAACCAGCAGAUGAUGAUGUCAAACUGGGUGACUUGAAGUUGAAGCCCAAUACCAAAAUUAUGAUGAUGGGCACCAGAGAAGAAAGUCUGGAAGAUGUCUUGGCGCCUCCACCAGAAAAUGAUGAUGUGGUCAAUGACUUUGACAUUGAAGAGGAAGUAACUGAGGUUGAAAACAGAGAGGAGAAUUUGGCCAAGAUAGCUCGUCGGGUGAAAGACUAUAAAGUUGAGGAGUUAAAUUCCCCAAGACCAGGAAAAAGAUUGCUUGUUCUAGAUAUUGACUAUACGCUCUUUGAUCAUAAGUCAUGUGCAGAAACAGGCCAGGAGCUGAUGAGACCAUACUUGCAUGAAUUUCUUACAUCAGCAUAUGAGGAUUAUGAUAUUGUCAUCUGGUCUGCAACAAGUAUGAAGUGGAUUGAUGCUAAAAUGAAAGAACUGGGGGUGACGGACAACCCAAACUAUAAGAUCACCUUCAUGUUGGACAGUGCAGCUAUGAUCACUGUGCACACACCUAAAAGAGGAGUCGUAGAGGUGAAGCCUUUAGGAGUCAUAUGGGGUAAAUAUAGUGAGUUCUACAACAGGAAGAACACAAUUAUGUUUGAUGACAUCGGAAGAAACUUUCUCAUGAAUCCACAGAAUGGACUGAAGAUCAGACCGUUCAUGAAGGCACACUUAAACCGUGAGAAAGACAAAGAACUCUAUAAGCUGUCUCUGUAUCUGAAGGAGAUUGCUAAACUUGUUGACUUCUCAGGUCUCAACCACAAGCACUGGGAAAGGUACCUUUCAAAGAAGCAGAAUCAAUAACAUCUUCAGCACUGAGGAGAAUCUGCUGUCUAGAAAGAUAUGGGGCUGGAAACUCCAUCCUUACUAAACAACAGCUGGUGCAAAGAUCAGGUUCUCUGUAUCUUGCGUUGUUCAUCUUGUAUCUCUUUAUAGUGGUCAUUACUGCAGGACAAAUGUGAUUCAAGCACUUGUAUUCCUCAGAACAGUUUACCUCAAUAGGUCAAUGAAUGCAUUCAACAAAAUAAUAGCAUUGACUACAUUUAAAGCAAGCAUGAUGCUUCUCUUACCUCACUUCCUGCCUGACACAUUCUUCUUCCUAUAAUUAAUGUCAACUUUUAGUAGGUGGUAACUUGAAGAGUAUUAUUAACGUCUGAUUGAAAGAGCAUAUGAUGCGUAUGUAAUUAUGGCAAAAUCUUACUCCAUGCUUAGCUUGAAUUGUGUGCGUGCGUGUGUGUGUGAGAGAAAGAGAGAUCAUAGAACUUGAAUGCUACUGGAAGGUGUAAUAGAUCCGUGUCUUCAGUAUGACCAGUAUUGUGUAUGACCACUGAUCAUGUCUUCUUGAAAGAAGCAAUAAUUCUGGAAAACAUGAUUCUGUCUGAAUGGCUCUAAAUUCCAAAAAGAUGUUAUUUCAGACAACAAAAAAGAGGUUAAUAGAUGAACAUGCAUUUGCAUCUUUAUCAGCAGAUAAAAACAGUUCUCCGAAUGAACAAUAAUGAAUAUUUGUCAUGUUUAAAUGUACUUUUUUAAAUACAAAACUGUUAAAUGGUUAGUUUGGUGUAUGUUUUUUUUUGUUUUGUUCUAGAGCAAUCACAUUAUUCUAGGGAGAUAAAGAAUAUUUAAUAUCAAAAUAGCCUGGCAGAUGAUGAUGAUGAUGAUUUUUUUUAUUAAUUUAUUAUUUAUCUACCAGGUCAUAGCAUCAAGCUUGUUAAUAUUUCUCCCCCUUCAGUUUUUGAAAGCAUGUGUUAAGCCAUCAAAGACCGUAGAUAUUAACUUGCUUAAACAGUAUUGCAUUUUAUCUAACUGCAUUUCAGCCGGUAUUUAAAUGUGGGCGUUUGAUUUAUGGAGGUAAUCUACUUGUAAUUUAAACAAAAUGGUUUUUACAGUAGUGUGUGUUUGUUACAUAUCAGCCCUUGACAUUGAUACUUACAUAUAUUAACAUUAAAUACUUCUUUUAAAAGAAAGGUUAAUGCUUGUUUGAAACUUUGUAUUACUAGCACUUCUCGUGUUCAUUUCCUCAUGAUUAAUCACUUGUUGUAUUUCUGAUUCAAUUAGAAUAAAAGCAUCUCU